GUAUAAAUAAAACGUUCAGUUCGACUGUCUUCUUCAGUUACAAAUAUGCAGUGGUACGUUUUUUUUAUCCUCGCGUUUGUCGGUUUGCCCAGUUUCGUCAGCUGCGUCGACUGCAAUCUCCCAAGCUCCGCCUACUGCGAUGGAUCCUACCCGUCCGGAGGCCUCGCCUGUUUGAAUUGCACCGGCUUGAACGAAUGCUAUGGAUGCGGGAGCGCGUGCCAGCACACAUGCGCAAACCGGAACUGUCAGUGUCCCAUUUUCAACGUCAGGUGUAACGACAGUUGCUACUGCAAGCCGGGCUUCGCUAGAGAUAGGAAAGGGCGGUGCAUUCCGGAAAAGGAUUGCCCUCCGAGGACGGGGCCUUGUCCCAAAUAAUCGGAUUUUGCUUGUGCGAAUAAAUAUUUGAAACAAGA